AUGCGGCAUGCUGCGAAGAUCCACUCAGCACAUCCUGAAAGCCAGGCAGAGACGUCUCUUCAGAAUCCACACCUUGGAAAGCCAGCCUUAUCAUACUCAAGCAGUGAAUUCCCAAAGCAGCUCUUCCAGGAGCGGCUUCAGCCCCCUGCAGAUCUGCCGGAAGUCAAGCGGCGACGGCUCCUCGCCGUCACUUCAUCGCCCCGCCUUGCCCCUGCCUCUCCGGCACCCAGCGCGUACAGCGAUGGAGACAUUUUGGAGUGGUGGACUCCGGGGCAACUGCACACCGACUCUCCAAUCCGACUCGCCCUUCACGAGAUGCGGACGUACCUAGCCGACUGGCAGGCUUCGACUAAAGACGUCUUCUGGCAGCGCAAGUCCAACAAAGCCGUGCUCUCCAUCUUGCUCUGCCGCAGCGAGAGUGGAGAUUGGUGUACAUACCACGGGAUGAACACAGAGGUCAGCCUUCCGUCAGGAUCCGUUUGUGCCGAGCGGGCGGCUAUAGUCAGGGCCGCCAGCGACUUCCGCCACGCGAAAGAUAUUGUCCUCAUUGCCACUCUGGACCCUGCAGACAAGCUGAACCCACUCUGGCCAUGUGAGGUGUGCCAGAGCUGGCUCAGCAAGCUGCGGCAAGAGAAUCCGAACAUGAUGGUGCUCGCUUUUGCCUCCCUCGAGUGCCACCGCUUCGCCAUUCGAGUUGGAGGCGAACUCGUCGAGCCGCCGAAGCAGCUCCAGGCCACUGCAUCGCCCAACGAGGCAUUAAGUGGCUCAAUUUGGCCCGAGUUGGUGGAGCUCGCAGACGGUACAACAGAAUCUCCGUGGGACUGCGACGACGUGGUCUAUGUCGACGGCGCCUGGAACUUUUUCCAUCCAGGGCACCAGCGCAUCCUCCGGGAGGCGAAGCAACGUGGGUCUCACGUUCUCGUCGGCAUCCACUCUGAUGCCACGCUGAACGACUUGUUCGGAAAGCCGAGCCAUGAGAACUUUGGGACUCGCCUUGGUCGGAUUCUCCAGAGCCGAUUUGUGUCUUUCGUGCUGAAGGAUGCUCCAUGGGUGGUCCCGCAGGACUUGAUUCAGGCGCUUUGCAUCAAGAAGGUGGUCACCGGUUCCGUGGACAAGGUCACUGACUGCGGCAAGAUUCUUAUCGAUGAGAUGUCCUACGAUCCGUACAAGAUUCCCCGUGAGCUUGGGAUCUUGGAGGUGAUCAACUCACAGGACUCCAUCACUGAGACAAGUUUUCAAGAGGAACACAAGACGCGCGCUCUCCAGGGCGCAACGCAUCCUGAGAAGACAGCAUGA